AUGAGGAGCUUAUUCGUUUUAUUAUCGUUAUUCUUUGCCACAUUUGUUUUUGCACAAACAGGUGACGUGGACUUGGUUAGCCGUGCCAUUGCCAGAAGAGCAGACGAGCCAACACAGGAAGAGUUGGAAGAAGUGGACCAAUAUUUGAAGCAACUAGUGGCUGCUGUUACUGGUAACACCACCAAGAGAGAUAACCCUGCGUUAACUGCUGCUUUCACUGCAUUAAACAAAUCAGGCACUGGUGUGCAAAUCGUGCACAGUUUAGCCACAAACUCACUUUCGCAGGGCACCACAAUCAAAGCAGUAGAGGAGUAUGUGAGUAACACUGGUUUGACUACAUUGUUGGAAGCUGCCGACAACUCUGGUUUAGCAGUUUCAGUAGUUAUGAGGUUCUUUAUCAACUACCUGUUGAUUCCUGCUUUAUGGGAUAUCAUUGUCGCUUUAUACAACAACGGUGUUAUUUCAGUCAAGAGAUUGGAUUUACUAGGAAUCAUUGGCUCGGUUCUUGGUAGUGUUCAAGAGUCCAUCUGGUCCUCAGUUAUCACUUUGGUUAACCUUGUUGCCGACCCAGAAUCUAUUUGUGAGUCGUUGAACAAAUCAGGUUUGGGUGUUUCUGUUGUUGAUGAUCUUUUCUCAACUAGUGAUGGUAAACUGUUCCUUAUCAAGUUGAUUACCGCUCUCGUAAAUGAUGGAGUUGUCACCUUGGGUAUUUUGCUUGACGCUUUGAGAGAAUCAAGCUUCCUCCAAAACACAUUCACAAAAGUCCUCUCGAGCUCAACCAACAGGAAAAUUAUCUUCAUUUGGGCCGUCAACAAUUUAGUGUCAUUGAUCAAGUACAUUUUCUAG